AGUCCACGUUGAAAUGACAUGUGUGCACAGUGGGAUGUGAGGAACAUGCUGUUGAGCAAGAUGGUUUGGAGAAAAAAGAACGGGGCGCGAGCGAGCGGUCGCGUGAUUUAAAAAAAACAUUUAGGGAGAUUUUCUGAAGUCUGAACGUCUUCAAUUCUGCUAAACUGAGUUCUCGGGAUUAACAUGAUGAUGGUCGGUGAAGGAGGGGGAAUACGGUGGCGACCUCUUCGUUGUUUAAACUAGUCUAGCCUUUUCUCAACGGGCAAAUCUGAAAAAGGAGAGGAUAAGGUGAUGUGCCAUGUGAAUGACGUGAGAACCACCAUGAAGCCCUCACACAAGCUGCUGUUCGUCCUGUGCCCCAUGCUGGUCGUGGGCUUCAUCUACUACUCCUCUGGGAAGCUACACCUGCACGUAUGGGGCCAGAAGCCACAGUUGGAAGCGGACAUUGCUCUCACCGUGGGACGAAUAGUAGGCCCAGUGUAUGAUAAGCAGGGCUUUCUGCUGAAGCUGGAUGGACAGUUGCCGGCGGAGUUGGCGUACAAGUAUGGCAACCUCAGCGAAGGAGUUUGCAAGCCGGGCUACGCAGCGGCCAAGAUGACCGCCAUCUAUCCAAAGUUCAUGAAGCCAGCUCCCAUGUUUCUCGACCGGAACUUCAAGCGGCUGGCCAAAGUCCGCAAUUACUUGCCUCCAUUUGGAUUCAAAACACAAGAAAGAAUCAUAGACAGUAUUCUAACUGCCACAAAGAACUAUGGUUUGGGUGAAGACCUUGACAGUCUUGGUUGUAAAAGAUGCAUUAUUGUGGGCAAUGGUGGUAUCCUGGCCAACAAGUCUUUGGGCUCGCGCAUAGAUGAUUACGACGUUGUGGUGAGGUUGAACGAGGCUCCUGUGACUGGUUUCGGCAAGGACGUGGGCACCAAGACCACCAUGCGCAUCACCUACCCCGAGGGGGCCAUUCAGAAGCCUGAGCGCUACGAAAAGGACUCGCUUUUCGUCUUCUCCGCCUUCAAACCGCUGGACUUCAAGUGGCUCAGACAAAUGGUCUUCAAAGAGAAACUGCGGGGUACAGAGGGCUUCUGGAAGUCUGUGGCACACUACGUCCCCAGGGAGCCCACAGAGAUGCGCAUCCUCAACCCCUACUUCAUCCAGGAGGCUGCCUUCCAGUUCAUCGGCCUGCCGCUCAAUAACGGCCUCAUGGGCAAAGGGAACAUUCCAACCCUGGGGACCGUCGCCAUAACAAUGGCGCUGCAUAACUGUGAUGAGGUGGUGGUGGCUGGCUUCGGUUAUGACAUGAACAUGCCUCACGCACCCUUGCACUACUACGAAACAGUCAAGAUGUCCGCCAUCAAAGAGUCCUGGACACACAACAUAUCCAAGGAGAAGGAGUUCCUCCGCAAGCUGGUGAAGGCCAACAUCAUCACGGACCUGACUAAUGGGAUCUGAGUCUGACCAUCCAAGAGGUUUGCCUUUUCCCAAAAGAACUACAGAACAGAGGAUGCUGGGAAUUAACCUGGGUGGUGGAGGGGAGAGGACCCUUAGAACCCAGACCCUGGUGGUCUGCACACUGCCUGAGUUUUUAUGUAGAGGAGAUUUAAGCGGAUGACUCGAUGGAAAGGCGCACAUAUGUGCCUUCUGACCCAGAGGCUCCUGUCUGACACAGCCAAGAGGGACGGGCAUGGAUCGAACGCCAGUGAGCGGACAAUCGGACAACCGCGUUUACCGUUUUGAAACCAGCGAGCAUCGAAUGAACACAUGAGUGGUAUGGAAGAGAAGGACGGAAGGUCUGACAGACAGAUGUAGAGACUGACAGACUGCAGGAGAGAGACAGAGGGACAGAUAGUUACAGCAGUGCCAAAUGUACCUCGUUACAAAGGGGGGAGGAGAAUACCUCUCCCUCUACUGCCUGAAUGUAUUUACUUUAACAGUGUAAAUGUCAAAAAAAUGUACUAUGCUUUUUAACAAGCUCCAGCGACCUCCACCCCAUCCCCAGUUCUCUCAGUACUGUCUUUCCCGGCGAGCCUCCAUCCAGGCCUGGUGGGGAGAAACCUUUUUCAAACCUCUAUCUCCCCCUUCUCACUUCCAUAUCGGCAGGUGUUUUCCCCGUGCGUUUUGAGAUUAGCAUUUCAGAUUUUAACAGGAAGUUUAAAUUGGAUUAUUUUAUUUUGGUUAAAUGUAUUUAUAAUUUAAGGCUGAUAGAGCACUAACUAUCUUUUCCUUCUAACAGUUUGCCUUAACGUGCUUCCUCAAUGAUUCAUAAAUUGUUGAGUGGAUGUCCCUCAAAUCCUAGUAUUUCUAAUAUGGCUCUUCACAAAAUCAGAACAAUUAUAUUUCCGGUCGAAAACGUUCUAAAUGAAGAUACCACUUUUUAUUUUUUAUUUUUACAAACACAGGAGCUUGUUGAAUUGUGUUGUGAAUAUCAUUAUGUGAGCGGUGAGACAGAGAGCCUAGGCCUAGGUUACCAGCCACGCAGCGAGAGAGUGGAGAUGGGAACUCUCCAUUAUUUGUGUGGCGCUGAGAAACAUUCCUAAUUUGUCCACAUGCAGAGCUUAUGUUCCCUUCCGCCAUGAAACUAUAUGUUGCCAAGUUUAUUUUCCCUGACUCGUAGCACAUGCGAAAAUAGUUAACUUAACCUUUAUUUUUAUUUCCCCUGUUAUGAUGGUUGAAUAUACACCAUUGUGGAAACAGUGAAAUCCCUGUUUUAGAGACCACAACCCGGUAGAUGGAUACACAGUUAAAGGGCAAGCAGGUGUUUGUUUACGAUAAUUCUGUUUAAUAUCAGUUCAUUAUUACAUGAAUGAACCUUGCACAGGCUAUAUAAAGUUUAAACCUGUGUGGCUGGUAAAAGUUUGAGUAGCCAAUUUUUGCAGCCUUAUAGCCUAUUCGAUUCUGGGAAUUGUUUGUUUCAAUUUCAAACAAUAUUGAAUGUAAAGGUAUUGUUUUAUGUCGGCUAUAGGCUUUCAUUAGUUAAGAAGGCUAAUUGGAAGGCUCUUUUUAAAAGCGAUUUGAGUUGUCAAUGUGCUGCAUUGUGAAUUAUAAGAGAGGCUUAUCGUUAAUUCAUGGCAUUCUUUUAUCCAUAUCUUGAAUAGACAUGCAGACAAAUUAAUAGAUGGAAGGGGAACACCUAUUACCCUCCUACUCUGGAGUCAUAAAAAUAAUUGAAAUAUAUACAUUUUUUGGCGGAUCGGCUCUCUGAACAAUUCUAUGUGGUUGGUUCGGGUUGUGGAGAAAAAUCUGUCCUGAUGUCAAAUAUCGGUUGGGGCUCGGAAUUGAUGUGCCUGACCCUGGCAAGACUCUAGAUUGCAGUAAAUUAUCCACAGGAGGUGUAUUAUAAUAUCCUUUUGACUUGCAAUAUUAAACCCAGACUGGUAUUACAAUGUGAAAGCUUACUGGUCCCAAGUUUCUCAGCAAAAACCGCAAUUUUUUUUGUUAGUUACAGUUCAGUAUUUAAGUGUUGCUCCGUGCAUAGCAGUGGUUCAGUAUUGACCAGAUAAGACCACGCUAUGGUUGCCUUUUCUGCCUCCCUCGCUGCUUCCCUCAACAUCAACAAAACUUAAGAAUGUCAAUUUUAAGAUUUGAAUAUUUAAAAAUGUACCGAAUGUAAUAAUCAGCUUUAUAUGGUGAAUUUUAUUCUGACAUGAUAAGUUUUGUUUUGUUUGUACUAUUUUUGGGGUGACAUUUGAGUUGUUUUUUUGAAAGUCAGUCAUUUUCUGAGGCUUUUUUAAAUACUUUUAUUUUUUUAUUGUGCUUCCUGGACUGGACAGGAAUUUAAACAGAAUUGACCCCAACCCUGUUUUUCCAGCCUGGUCACUAAGCAGAAUAUAACUAUUAAAACUGGAGACAACAAUGACUUCAUACAGGAAACCUCACCAUAUCACCCAUUGGUAGAGGUCUAUAUCAGUUCUCACCUUGCCCUGAGCAAUCAAUCACUGGCAAGGUCGUUAAACUUCAAAUCACAAGUGUUGCUGUUUCUUUUUAUAUUAUAUAUACAGUGCCUUCAGAAAGUAUUCAUUCUCCUUGACUUAUUCCACAUUCUGUUACAGCCUGAAUUCAAAAUGGAUUUUCUCACCCAUCUACACACAAUACCCCAUAAUGACAGUGAGAAAAUGUUUUUUUUUUUUUUUUUAUGUAUCACAUUUAUGUAAAUUAGAUAUUUAUGUAUUUUUUUUAAGAUAAGUAUUCACACCUCUGAGUCAAUACUUUGUAAUCGCCACCAAAGUUGCUUCUACAUCUGUCUUUUUGGUUAAGUUUCUAGGAGCUUUGCACAUCGGGAUUGUACAAUAUUGGCCCAAAAUUAUUUUUCAAAUUCUUCCAUCUCUGUCAACUGUAUAGUUAAUCAUUGCUAGACAACCAUUUUAAAGUCUUGCCAUAGAUUUAAGACGAUUUAAGUUAUAACUGUAACUAGGCCACAGAAGCAUUCAAUGAUGUCUUGUUAAGCAACUCUAGUAUAGAUUUGGCCUUGUGUUUGAGGUAUUGUCCUGUUAAAAGGUGAAUUUGUCUCCCAGUGUCUGUUGGAAAGCAGACUGAACCAAGUUUUCCUCUAGAAUUUUCCCUUUGCUUAUAGCUGUAUUCCUCUUAUUUUUGUCCCCCAAAAACUCCAUAGUCCUUGCCAAUGACAAGCAUACCCAUAACGUGAUGCAGCCACCACCAUGCUUGAAAAUAUGAAGUGGUAAUUGGAUUUGCCCCUAAUGUAAUGCUUUGUAUUUAGGACAAAAAGUAAAAAUUCUUUGGUACAUUUUUUGCAGUAUUACUUUAUUGCAAACAGGAUGCUUGUUUUGUAAUAUUUUUAUUCUGUCCAAGCUUCCUUCUAUUCACUCUUGUCAGUUAGGUUAGUAUUGUGGAGUAACUGACUGGGUGUAUUUAUGCACCAUCCAGAGCCUAAUUAAUAACUUAACCCGAUGCUCAAAGGGAUAUUCAGCGUCUGCUUCUUUCUUAUUUUUAUUUUUUUACACACAUCUACCAAUCAGUGCUCUUUGCGAGGCAUUGAAAAACCUCCCUUGAAUCUGUGCUUGUAAUUCACUACUCGAUUGAGGGCCCUUAGAAUUAUCUGUAUGUGUGGGGAUUAGAGAUGGGGUAGUUACUCCAUAAUCAUGUCAACCGCUAUUAUUGAACAUGGAAUGAGUCUGUGCAACUUAUUAUGCGAUUUGUUAAGCACAUUUUUAUUCCUUAACGUAUUUAGGCUUGCCAUAACAAAAGGCUUAAAUAUUUAUUGAUUCAAGACAUUUCGGCUUUUAAUUUCGCAAUAAUUUCUAAUAUUUUCUACAAACAAAAUUCCACGUUGACAUUAUGGGGUAUGGAGUACCACAGUAUGUGUCAAAAUACCAAUAAAACCUAGUGGUCAAACGGUAAUGGUUCCAAUCGUUUCUCCACCAUUCAUUUUUCCCAUAGGGGAUUUUGGAAACACUUCAAAUAAAGGGGCUGUGUUUAGUGUAGGCUUACCCUGGCGUGACAUUUUAUUAACCAUGUAAAUCUCUCUCGGACAAAGUGACUUUUAUAAAUAUAUAUUUACCUGUAUUUACCCCCCAAAAUCAAAUAAUUAGCUGCUAAUGUGGCUAUCAUAAAGAACUACAAAUGCCAUGAUGAUCUGGAUUGAGACUGCGAAAUCGAGGCAAAGGUAAACAUCUCUGGAUUAACCAUCUAAUGCUAGCUAAGUAUAGUAAUGAAUAAAUAGGCUACAUUUCUUUAAAUGGACAAUAAAUUGACACAAUACCUGUCAGCAAAAGUAUCAGCUAGAAAUGAUGUGCAGUAGUUUUGCAUGAUGUCUACUUUUAUGCCUAUUAGCAUUUUUGAAUCUGAGAGUAAGUAGAGCCGGAUAUAUUGAUGAAAGUCACCUUGUCCGAGAGAUUUACAUGGUUAUCAAAAUGUUAUGCCAGGGUAAGCUUACACGAAACAAAGCUCUUAUUUUAAGUGUUCCUAAAGUGAAUGGUGGAAAAAUUAUUGGAACCUGUUUUGACCGCUAGGUUUUAUGGCACCUCCACUGUGGUGCCCUAUUGUGUGUAGAUCAGGGACACAAUCUCAAUUGAAUCAAUUUGAAAUUCAGGCUGUAACAACAACAUUUGGAAAGAGUAAAGGCUUGUGGAUACUUUCUGAAGGCAUUGUAUAAGCGUCUGUGUGUGUAUAUAUAGACUUUGUCCUAUCUGCGACUUGUUAAUAAAUACGUUGACCCUUUGGUCGCUUGGUAAGGUGA